UUCUCCCUCCAAAGUCCAACCACCCUUAAUUGACCCAUUUUCUCUCUCCUCUAAUUCUUCCCUCUUUUUCAUGGAAUUUUUUCAUCAAUUUCAUCAUUUUCGCAAAACCCUAGAAAUUGAUCACUUCAAAUCGUUAUUCUAACGAUUUUUCUCCGAUUUUCCGGCGUGUUUUUUUCAUUUUCCGAUGGAUUUGCCGGCGAGAUUGAUGGUUCAAAUGGCGUUGGAUUCACUUUUCCCGUCGUUGUGGGAGAUUGAAGUUACCUUUGCCGCCGCCAUCUUUGUGAUUGCUGCUUACUGGUACGUCAGUCUUGUUGAUCGCAGUAGCCAUGAUAUUGGUCAGACUAUUGGUUCUGUUGAUACUCUUGAGGAGAGAGAUAAAUUCUGCAAUUAUUUUGUAGAUUGACAAGCUGAAAUGUGACCCUCAAACUCACUCAGGGUACUUGAUCAAGGUUGGGCUUUUGGCUGCAAAGAAUCUUAUCACCGCCAAUCUGAAUGGCACAUCAGAUCCUUAUGCUAUUGUUACUUGUGGUACAGAGAAAAGAUUCAGUUCGAUGAUUCCUGGAUCAAGAAAUCCCAUGUGGGGAGAGGAGUUUAACUUCGUUGUUGAUGAGUUGCCCAUCCAGAUUAAAGUGACAAUCUAUGACUGGGAUAUAAUCUGGAAAAGUGCAGUUCUCGGUUCAGUUUCAGUAUCUGUGGAGUCUGUGGGUGAUAAUUCUGGGGCAGUAUGGCAUCCACUGGAUAGCUCCUCAGGAAUGGUUUGUCUUGAUAUCAAGGCUAUUCCUACAAACACUUCCAGGGUUUUAGAUGGCUAUGGUGGAGGAAAUGGUCGCAGGAGGGUUUCUCCAGAUAAACAAGGGCCAAAAGAUAAGCAAGAGCCGAUGGUGGUCUACCAACAGCCUGGGCCAUUGCAAAUGAUAUUUGAUCUACCCGCUGAUGAGGUUGUUGAGCACAGCUAUUCCUGUGCACUGGAGAGAUCUUUUUUGUAUCAUGGUCGUAUGUAUAUAUCCGCUUGGCACAUUUGCUUUCACUCAAACGUGUUUUCUAAGCAGAUGAAGGUGAUUAUUCCCUUUGAAGACAUAGAUGAAAUUCGAAGAAGCCAACAUGCUGUAAUAAAUCCUGCUAUUACAAUCAUCCUUCGGCUUGGUGCUGGUGGCCUAGGUGUACCGCCUUUGGGAAGUUCUGAUGGGAGAGUUAGGUACAAAUUUGCAUCUUUUUGGAACAGGAAUCAUGCCUUGAAGAUAUUGCAACGUUCUGCGAAAAACUUUCUUUUGAUGCUAGAGGCUGAAAAGAAGGCUAAGGCACUAUCAGAACUUCGUGCACAUAGCAGUUCAAAACGGACAGGUCAACCAAUGCCUAAAGUUCUUGAAGAAAUUAUAUUAAAGACUGAUAAGUUUCAGCCAUUUGUCAAGGAUGAAGUGCUUGUUAGUAUAUAUAAUGAUAAAUUUCCAUGCACAGCUGAGCAAUUUUUUAAUUUAUUGUUGAGUGAUGAUUCAAACUAUAUUAAUGACUAUCGUUCAGCACGGAAGGAUUCUAAUCUUAGUAUAGGGCAGUGGCAUUCAACAGACGAGUACGAGGGUUUAAUUAGAGAAAUGACUUUUCGCUCUAUAUGCAAGAGCCCUAUGUGCCCCCCAGACACGGCAAUGACAGAGUGGCAGCAUGUAGUUUUAUCACCAGAUAAGACAGUAUUGGUGUUUGAAACAGUACAACAAGCGCAUGAUGUCCCAUUCGGGUCUUAUUUUGAGGUGCACUGUAGGUGGCGUCUUGAAACUUGUUCUGAGUCAUCUUCUACCAUAGACGUUAAAGCUGGUGCUCACUUUAAGAAAUGGUGUGUCAUGCAAUCUAAAAUUAAGUCUGGGGCCAUUGAUGAGUACAAACGAGAGGUGCGCAUGAUGCUAGACGCAGCUUGCUCUUACAUUAAUUCUAGGAAUAGUACCAAUGCAGAUGACAGCGUCCAAAUGACUUCUGAUUUACAAGAAAGUGCGUGAUUGGAAGCAAUUCUACUUCACUAGUUUCUUCAGUUUUGGUCCCAAGAUAUGGUGCAGCACUGCAGCUCUGUUCAUAGCUUAUAUUUAUACGGUUAUACCCUUGUUCAUCCUUUUUCUACAUUCGCUGUCAUUAUUGUUCAUUGUUUUUCCAUGUAAGGUUUUGUUGGAUAGCAUUAUAGUUGUGAAUUCGCCCUGAUCCCUUAGCAAUAAAGCUAAUGGUGGUGGUGGUGGUGGUAGCCCGUAUUGUACGUAGUAUGAAGAAUAAUUAUUCUGUUGUAAUUAGGGCUGCAGCAUGUUACUAAGAAGUUUAUUUCAUUUAUACAUUUAUAAAAAGCUUUGUAUUUAGUUUUGCGA